GCCAACCUGCUGCCCCCUCUGCCCGACUGGAGCGAGUUGAGUUGAGAGAGCCAUAAAAGAAGGGAAGGGUCCAGAAUCCCCUUCCUAUCUUCUCCUCUUCUUCUCUCCCAAGAAGAACAAGACACGAGAGGAGAGAGAGAGAGUAGGAAGGAGUAAUGGCGUCCGACGGCAACGGCAGCGGCGUGGUCACUGUCUACGGCAACAACGGCGCCGCCCUGCUGGAGCCCUCCAAGCAGUCCAAGUCGGCCACCUUCUCCGUCAAGGUGGGCCUGGCGCAGAUGCUGCGCGGCGGCGUCAUCAUGGACGUCGUCACGCCGGAGCAGGCGCGCAUCGCCGAGGAGGCCGGGGCCUGCGCCGUCAUGGCGCUGGAGCGCGUCCCCGCCGACAUCCGCGCGCAGGGCGGCGUGGCGCGCAUGUCCGACCCGGGCCUCAUCCGCGAAAUCAAGCGCGCCGUCACCAUCCCGGUCAUGGCCAAGGCGCGCAUCGGCCACUUCGUCGAGGCCCAGAUCCUGGAGGCCGUCGGCGUCGACUACGUGGACGAGAGCGAGGUGCUCACCCUCGCCGACGACGCGCACCACAUCAACAAGCACAACUUCCGCGUCCCCUUCGUGUGCGGCUGCCGCGACCUCGGCGAGGCGCUGCGCCGCAUCCGCGAGGGCGCCGCCAUGAUCCGCACCAAGGGGGAGGCCGGCACGGGCAACGUCAUCGAGGCCGUGCGCCACGUCCGCUCCGUCAUGGGCGACAUCCGCGCACUCCGCAACAUGGACGACGACGAGGUCUUCGCCUACGCCAAGCGCAUCGCCGCGCCCUACGACCUCGUCAUGCAGACCAAGCAGCUGGGCCGCCUCCCCGUCGUCCAGUUCGCCGCCGGGGGAGUCGCCACGCCCGCCGACGCCGCGCUCAUGAUGCAGCUCGGCUGCGACGGCGUCUUCGUCGGCUCCGGCAUAUUCAAGAGCGGCGACCCCGCGCGCCGCGCCCGCGCCAUCGUCCAGGCCGUCACGCACUACAGCGACCCCAACAUCCUGGCCGACGUCAGCGCCGGGCUCGGGGAGGCCAUGGUCGGCAUCAACCUGGCCGACCCAAAGGUGGAGCGAUUCGCUGCCAGAUCCGAGUAAUAACCUGGCCGGCCGCGGUCACCAAUUUUAUUUUAUCGUCCAUCUAUCCAUCCAUCUAUAUUGCCAGUCCGAUCGAUUUCUGGAUUUCAGUACUACAGUAGCUUGCUUCUCCUCGUCUCGAUCAAUCUCUUGUUCGGUCAAUAAUGAAGGAACGAUAAGAAAGAAAGCUAAUAUAUUGUUCAUCGAUGAUGAUCUUAUCUAAUGAAUAUGGAUUGGAUUGGCUCAGCA